AUGACAGAUAAGAAAAUGGAAAGUAGUUCAUCAUCAGCAUUGAUUGAAAAUGCAACUGAUGAAGAUGCAGAUCCAUUGGCUGGUGCUUUGGCAGGAAUUUCACGUAGUUUAACAAGAGUCAUUGGAAGAGGUGGAAUUGCGGGAUCAUUCUCUGGAAUGGCAGAGGAGACUGCUGGAUACCCAUUGGAACUUGUUAAAACUAGACUUCAAGUACAUUCAAAUCCAAACAUAAGUUUCUUAAAUGUAGUUCGUGAAGUUUAUCAAAAAGAAGGUGUUGUUGGCAUGUUUAGAGGAUUGAGUUCACCGUUGGUUGCAUCGGCAAUGAUCAGUGCUAUUCAAUUCACAUCGUUUGAGAAAACCAAUCAUUUUCUACACGAGGAGUACAGAAUGCCCGAUCCCUAUAGAUAUAUGAUCUCUGGUGGUACUGCAGGUCUGUUGCAAUCGUUCAUCAUAUGUCCUGUUGACGUAGUAAAGAGUAGGAUGAUGAUUAGUGGAAUGGGGCAUGGUGGUAGUGCUGGCGGUGGUGGUGCCGGUGUUGGAACUCUUCAAAUGGCAAGAGCAAUCAUGGCCCAGGAUGGUCUAAAAGGUUUCUACACUGGUAUGUCCGCCACAUUACUCAGAGAUGUACCAGGUCUAGCUGUAUUCUUUACGACCUACGAAGGUUUAAAAGAUGUAUUAGGUGUUGAAAGUGAACAUGGUAGUAGUAGUAAUAAUAAUAGCAACAAAAACGACAAUAAUAAUGUAAAUAGUAGUAGUAGUAAUAGUAGUAGUAAGGGUAGUGAUUUUCUAAAGAUUUUAUUGGCGGGUGGUCUGGCGGGAAGUGCAUACCAUAGCAGUACACAUUGUUUCGAUAUUGCAAAGACGUUGAUUCAAACACAGGUUGGUACACCCAAGUAUCGUGGCACAUUCGACUGUCUCAAUCAACUGGUACGACGCGAAGGUAUCAGAGGUUUAUUUAGAGGUUACUUUACUACGCUUGUUAAAUCUUUCCCCGCAAACGCUGCUGGUUUCAUGGUUUAUGAAUUAGUUCAGAAAGUUUAA